UUUAUAGACCUAUUUAUUAAUAUUACAUAAUGCAUACACAAAUAUUUUGCCUUGACAGAAAAAAAGUAAUUAUGAACAUCAAACAUCUGAAAUUAAUAUUUUAUUAUCGAUUUAUUUGCACCCCUAGAAUUAGUGGUAAGGCAUCCAGAUCCAUAUUCUUCACAGCACAGUACUCCACAAAUUAUGACAGCUCCACUUUUCCUUCAAGAACCUAGUCUAACCACACUUCAACUCCGGCAGGCACACGUGGCAGAACUGAAGAAGAAUGAUGAAUAUUGGGAAGAAAGAUUGAAGCAGUUAGAAGAGAAACACAAGAAGAUGAAUGAAAUUAUGGAACAAGAAGCCCAGAGAGCAAUUGGAGAGAUGUCAGGCAAGAGGACCCCAGUAGCAAAGAAGAUUGAGCCCCCAUGUUUGGACUCAAAGAAAGCAGUGAUGGAAUGUUACUCCUGUUAUCCCAAUGAGCCAAUGAGAUGCGCCAAAGUUGUUCAAGCUUUCCAACAAUGUGUAGAUAAUAAAAGGAGUCAGAUCAUCGCAAGCAGGAGCUAAGUGACUAAAGACAAAAAAUUGUUAGUGUUCUUAUGUAAAUAAUAAUGUAUGAUGAUCAACCAUAAACUUUGAAUAAACAUUGAUUCAGUGGUGUAUUGUUUUGUUCUAGGCGUUUUUCUAUAAUAAAAAAAUAACAAAACGUUGAGG